AAGAGCUCUAGAGUAAUCGCCAAAGCCGCGGUGGCGCAUGCGCAUGACAAGAGCGCCUGCAAGUGGCGUCAUCCAGAGAGAUGCUGUGGCUGACCCGGCUCUGGCUCCGGCGGAGGCGACCUCCGACUGCGGGGGAUCCCACGAAGAACCUCGGUCUCAGAAAGGCCGCCUCUGGCGUCUCUCCUCCGGGCAGCACCUCGCCCAGAUCCCUAAAUAUUUUCGACCGGGAUUUGAAGAGGAAACAGAAGAACUGGGCGGCCCGGCAGCCCGAUUCUGUGAAGUUUGACUACCUGAAGGAAGAGGUUGGAAGUCGGAUUGCAGACCGUGUAUACGACAUAGCCAGGGAUUUCCCCCUUGCUUUGAAUGUUGGUUGUGGAAGAGGUUAUAUAGCACAACAUUUGAAUAAGGAAACUGUUGGGAGGUUUUUCCAAGUAGACAUAGCAGAACAUGCUUUGAAAAAUACCUUAGAAACGGAAAUUCCUACUGUCAGUGUUUUAGCUGAUGAAGAAUUCCUUCCUUUCAGAGAAAAUACAUUUGACCUGGUGGUUAGCAGUUUAAGUUUGCACUGGGUGAAUGACCUUCCUAGAGCACUUGAACAGAUUCAUUACGUUUUAAAGCCAGAUGGGGUUUUUAUUGGCGCAAUGUUUGGAGGCGACACACUCUAUGAACUUCGGUGUUCAUUACAGUUAGCAGAAACGGAAAGGGAAGGAGGAUUUUCCCCACACGUGUCUCCUUUUACUGCUGUCAAUGACCUGGGACAUCUGCUUGGGAGAGCUGGCUUUAAUACACUGACUGUGGACACUGAUGAAAUUCAAGUUAACUACCCUGGAAUGUUUGAAUUGAUGGAAGAUUUACAAGGUAUGGGUGAGAGUAAUUGUGCUUGGAAUAGAAAGGCCCUGCUGCACCGGGACACAAUGCUGGCGGCUGCCGCGGUGUAUGGAGAAAUGUACAGAAAUGAGGAUGGUUCAGUACCUGCCACAUAUCAGAUCUAUUACAUGAUAGGGUGGAAAUAUCACGAUUCACAGGCGAGACCAGCUGAAAGAGGUUCGGCAACUAUGUCAUUUGGAGAGCUAGGAAAAAUAAACAAUCUUAUGUCACAGAGGAAAAAAUCAAAAUAAAUAUUUUAUUCAAUGUUAGCGUAGUCCAGAAUUUUCAUGAGAGAUGGAUAACUUUUACAUCUAAAAUUAUUACAUUUUGAAGCAAGAAGCAAUAUAUUAGCUAUUUACUGACAGACUUUUUAAAUAAUUAAAGUAGCCUAAUAGUACACUGUAUUUAGUAAUCGUUUCAGUUUCACAUGGUUUUUGUUUUCAUACAGAUACUGCUAUCUUGUCAUAUGAGUGCCUUAUUUGCAGAUUCAGCCCAAAAGCAAGAAGAUAUUUCUCUGAAAAAUCCAUCCAUAUAUAUAUAUAUAUAUAUAUCUGACUUGAUAGGAAAAAUUACAAAUGCUGACAUUUUGUACUGUUUUUCUCCUUCUGGUCUUUUUGUCAUUUCUCUAAGAGGAUCAUAGUGUGGAGAUGAGCAAAACGACAAGUUGGUAGAUUCUCUAGAGUUCUGGCUUUUUUAGAAUAAAAACAUAGACUUUUAUAAUGACUACUCUAAGAUAGUUAAACCAAAAAUUAUUUUGUAACACCGUCGCUCUUUGUCAUGAAGAGAACAGAGAUUUAUCUACCUCACCAGAGCUAGUACAUAGUUUUAUACUUAGAAUAGUAUGUAUCUUUAUUGAAUCCUUUCUCACUAUUUCUUUAAAGCAUCAGAAUUCUAAUCUUUUUUACCUCCAUGAUCUGGGUGGGCCUCUCACAGCCCCCCUUAGGUAAGAAGAGAAUAUUUUAAAUAAUUAAGGAGACAAAAUCACAUGUAAAAGUGGCAGCACAGUGAUGAAAAGUGCUGUUUGUUGUUUCACUUUGUUAUUUCAGGCCUUGGCGUUGUUAUUCUGAUGCACGUUCCCGGUCCCAUUGCAUCUAACUAGUAGUGACCAGAAUUGUUUGGAAGCUGUCAAGCUCAACAGCUUAGUGUAGCUGGGGGAGUUGGGGGAUCGAGAAAGUGGUGAUAAGAAGAAAGCAGGGGGGAGCUGGGCAGCACGAAGAGUGAGCGCCGUGUUUGUUUUGACCAGUUAGUGGCCGGGAAUUUGCUGUCCUUUCGUUUAAUCGUGCAGGGUCCCAGCCUCCUCUUCAGCCAUAGGUAAAGAAAGAAGUCAAUGCGGGCCAGAUCAGGUUAACAACAUUGUUGCAACAAGCUAGUGAACUUCAUUGUCAGACCUCGUAUAUGAAGCACUGGAUACCUGGAGAUGGGAAGCACCUAUAAUCGCCGCCCUCACACAGCUCACAGCUGGGCUGACUGGAGACCACAGUGAAGCUGACAUUGUGUACGUCCUUGCAACCAAAAGUAUUUUGUUGAGACUCAGUGAAGGCACUGUGCAAAAUAGGACAUGGCGAUCCUCAGAUGAGUAAGGCAGGGGCCCCAUCGUCAUUUCAGUGGGUACGGUAACACACACACUCUACUGUAGUUCAAGGUGGAAUACGAGAUGUGCCAGAAGGGAGCUUUGACCGAAGCACCUUGGGAGUUUGGAGGAGAGGUUUAAUGUGCAGUCUGUGUGUGGUGGAGGUGGGGAGACCUCAGGGAAGGCUUUGUUCUUUUUUGCAAUCACUGCACUGAUUCACUUGGCACCUAUGAGAUCUCAGCCACCGUGCCAGGUGCUGGGGUGUAAUAAUGAAAGCUCCAGCUAUUAAGGGGCCACCUGUCAAAUGGAGAAGAAUAAUAAAUAAUGGGAUUGCUUCAAAUCUAAGAGCUAUUCAUUGUGAGUUGUAUCCUAAUUUUGGAGAUGUUAAAAUUUGGAAAAAAAUAUAUUUUAGAAUUCAUGAAAUAAGUAACAGAUAACCCAUAGUGCUUACAAUGGACCAGUGUCCUAAGUGCUUAUUAUACAUUGCAAGUUUUACUUAUUUAAUAAAAGGCAGUUAUAUGUAGUGACAAGUGGCGUACACUGAGUAGGCUCUUGGGAAAUGGUGAAUAAAUGAGAAAAUGAAUGAAUGAAUAUUAUAAGGAUAAACCCUCUGUCCUCUCCCCUUUCAAAACUGUGGUGCUAUCAAGUGCUAUUUAGUGUUAACAGCCACUGAGAGAUAGACGGCACAGUAAUGAUCCCAUUCCUUAUUUCCUUUUCCUUAAUUGUCCCUGCUAUUCAUCUAUGUUUAUUUUCCUUAUAAACUUUGGAAGUAAUUUGCCUCGGUUAAAAAGCAUUCUGUUGGUAGUUAUAAUAUUAAGGAUGUAUUAUAUUUAAAGAUUAAUUUAGGGAAAAUUAACAUCUAUAUUUUGGCAUCUUUCUUUUCAAACAAGAUAUAUUUUUCCAUUUAUUCAAAUCUUAUAGAUGGUUCUUUAAAUUUUACAUUAUUUCAGAUUCCGCUUUUAUAAUCCCAGUCUUUUCUUUGACAUUAAUUAGGAUAACUUGUCAUUUUAAAGUUCGAAGAACCUUAAGAGAGAGCUAGGCAUCCUCAUGCAUUAAUUAAUUAAUUAAUUAAUCAUCUAUUUAAAAAGUAUUUGAGACCAAUUAUGUGCAGUGCUAGAUACUGAAGAUACAAUGGUGAAUAAAAAAAAAGUGAUUGCUGCUCCCACGGAGUGUACAAUCUAUAAAUACAUAUUGAUUUUA